GUAUGCGUGACCCAGGCCAUGGUAUUUUCAUUCGCCUCAUAUGCCUGUGAAAGCUAGACAGUGAAUAAGGAAGAAUUGAUGCCUUUGAAUUAUAGCAUUGGCAAAGAAUACUGAAUCUACCAGACUGCCAGAAGAAUGAACAAAUGUGCCUUGGACGAAGCACAGCCAGAACACUCCUUAAAAGGGAGGAUGGUGAGAAUUCAUCUUGCAUAAACUGGACAUGUUACCAGGAGGAACCAGUCCCUGGAGAAGAACAUCAUGCUUGAUAAAGUAUAAAGUUGAUGAAGAAAAGGAAGACCCUGAAUGAAAUGGAUUGACAUAGUGGCUACAACAAUGGGCUUAAACAUAGCAAUAAUUGUGAGAAUGGCGAAGGACCGAGUAGUGUUUCCUUCUGUCGUACAUAGGGUGGCUAUGAGGCGGAACCAACUGGACAGCACCGAACGACACAAAGGAGCACUUUUGAUUUCCUCACCCUCCACAGGAAACAGGAGAAAUGCAUAGUCUUCUACACCCUGAGUGAAGACUAUACCUUUGCAUACACCGUGCUCUUCCACACCUCUCUUCUUCCUUCAUCUAUUUUUGUAAACUCGUGCUGAAGAGUAACUUCCGAUCCUGACUUCCUCAAACCUCAGACAAGCUGCUGCCUCUUAACUCCGAGGUGAAUUCUCUCUGAUGAAAGGACAUCUUCGGUUACAGUUCCCGACCUGACCCUCAUGCUUCUGAGGCUCCUGCUGUUGAUCUAUGCUCCACUCUGUGAACCAACCGAGCUGCUUCUGAUAGCUAGUCCCACCCGGCCUAUAGAGGGGAGCUCGAUGACUCUGAUCUGUAAGAUCUACCCAGCUCCACAGACAGCAGGUGUCCAGCUUCAGUUCUGCUUCUUCAGUGAUGUCUGGAACCAGAGAUUGCCCUGCAACACCUCCCCAAAGCUUCAGAUUCCCAAAAUGUGGCGUGAAAACUCAGGGUCUUACUGGUGUGAGGCAAAGCCAGAGAAAACUCGAGUUAUACGGAGCCAGAGGUUCUGGAUAGACGUGCAGAGAGUCCGCGUCUCUGAUGUGAGCUUGGAGACACAGCCCCCAGGGGGCCAGGUGAUGGAGGGAAAAAAGCUGGUCCUUGUCUGCUCGGUCGCUAAGGGCACAGGAAACAUCACCUUCCUCUGGUACAAAGGGGCCAUGGGUUUCAAACUGGGCACAAAGACCCUGCGUUCCUUAACUGCAGACUUUGAGAUCCUUACGGCGAGGGAGAGUGAUGCUGAGCAAUAUUACUGUGCAGCUGACAAUGGCUAUGGCCCCAGCCUCAGUGGGCUGGUGAGCAUCACUGUCAGAAUUCCAGUGUCUCAUCCAGUCCUCACCCUCAGGGCUACUGGGGCCCAGGCUGUGGUGGGGGAUGUGGUGGAGCUUCACUGUGAGGCCCAAAGAGGCUCUCCCCCAAUCCUAUACCGGUUCUAUCACGAAGAUAUCAUCUUGGGGAACAGCUCAGCCCCCUCUGGAGGAGGAGCAUCCUUCAACCUGACUGCAGAGCAUUCUGGGAACUACUUCUGUGAGGCCGACAAUGGCCUGGGGACCCAGCACAGUGAAGCCGUGCUACUCAACAUCACAGUGCCUACCAAGGACAGAAGGGAACUUCUUACUAUAGGAGUCAUCGAGGGGCUACUCGGCACCCUUGGUCCCACCUCUGUCGUCCUACUCUUUUGUUACUGGCUCAAGAAAAAAAUAGGAAAACGGUCAGCCAGGGAUCCACUCAGGAGCCCUCCCAGCCCUGUACCCCAAGACUUUACCUAUGUCAACUCACCUACCCCAGCGCCGCUGCAGCCCGUGUAUGAAAAUGUGAACGUUGUAAGUGGGGAUGACGUCUAUUCACUGGUGUACUGUAGCCAGCAGGAACGGAAACCAGCAGCAGAGCCGCCAAGGACACUUACUGAGGAUGAGGUCUCCUUAGCCAUCUAUUCUAAGGUGAAGCAGGCAAGCAAUAUGGAUGUGGACUAUGAAGAUGCAAUGUAAAACUAUGGAAUAUUCCACCUUUUUAAAACCAUCCAUGAGCCCAAGCCUCAGAUCCAACAUGUUCUUCAGAGAUCACAGGGGAGCCGGCUUUCUGGUACACCUCACCCAGGUGCUUUGCUCCAUGAGCCUAAUCCUUCAUCUACCGUGAAGUCACUGUAAGCCCUGAAGAGACCAUCCAGGAGAACUAACGUGGAUACAGGAGUGGGAAGAACUGUGUUAUGGAAGAGCUGGUUUCCUGCUGGUUCCUCUGGGAUGGGCCAAAACGUGCUCUUAAUUCUUUUCGCAAGAGGAAAUGGUGGGAUAAAAGGGGUUGGGCUCUCCUGGUGGAGAAAUAGUGAAGCUAAGAGUGCGUGGACCCAGGGAGAGUGGUUUUGUAGAACUGCUCCAACAAGACAGCUGUGUCCAUGGUUUUGUCUAAGUAUUUUCUCAGCACAGGCAGUAGAGAACCCCACUUAGGUUAAUCAUCAUGUUUCUGCCUAAAAUACACUAUUCAGUAUAUUUUGGGUCAAGUUAGCAAAUUAGAACUAAAACAAAAUUACAUAAAGAAUUAUGGUGGCCACACUCAAUUUUAAUAAUGUGUUAUCCAGGCUGAUCUAAAUGUCUCAAUAUUUAUGAGAAAUAAUCUCUAUCCAAAAUUCUGUGUCUGCUGCAACCUCUAGAAGGUUUGUGAAUAUAUUUUUUACUUCUUUCAUUCAUAAAUUUCUUGAAAACAUGUAUAAUAUGGUUUGGAGUCUGUGUUUUAAUUUGAAAGCAAUCGCACACUCUUACAAAUGAAAGCAAUUUGCAUAAAAAAUAAAAAAGUUGAAGCUGUCCCUGUAAUAGGACACCACAAAGGGUAGCCAUUGUUAAAAAUGUACCUUAUGACUCUCCAGAUAGUUUUGUACAAACACAUACACAUGUAUGUAAGUAUAGUUAUUUAAAAAUAUGCCUACUUAACAAAAUAUCGUGAAAUACUUUCAAGUCUGUAUAGAUCUACUGUACUAUAUUAAAAGGCUGUACAGUAUUCCAUUGUAUAGGCAAGCCAUAAUAUGUUUUAAUCCUUCCCAGCACUGAUGGACUUUAAGGUGGCUUCCAAAGUUUUCAUAUUGUAAAAACAUUGCUAAAGUAAAUGUCCUAUAAAAAAAACAUCUUUUUAUGCAUUCUUGUUGGUUUAUCUGAAAGAUAAAUUAACAUAUAUCUGGGAUCACUACGUUUUAGGUUACGUACGUUAGAGGAUUUUGUUAAAUACUCUUAAAUUGCCCUCCUGUAAAUUGUAUCAAUUAACAUAUUCAUCAACAGUAAAGAAGAGAAUGAAGGUGUAGGGAAAAGUAUCACUGUUAUUUCCAUUUAAAAGUUUUAAAUUACUAAGGAAGUUGAGCAUCUCUCCAUAAAUUGACUGCUGGUUUAUAAUUCUUCUAGAAGUUUUCUGUGUUUAGCUUUUGCCCAUUUUUCUUUGUGUUCAUUUCUUUUUCUUAUGCUUUUAUAUGAACUGUUUAUUGAGGUGUAAUUUAACACCGUUGAAAGCACAGGCUUUACGUACACAGUCCCAUUCAUUUGACAAAUGCAUGCAUGCCCCUGAAUAAAUCAAAUGCCUGUCCUAAUAUAGAAUGGUCCCGUCUUCCUAGAAAGUUCCCUCAUACCCUCUUUCAGUCAAUUUCUGCCCCUCCUAGAAACAAUUAUGUAAAUUUUUUGACAGUCAUAUUAUUUAUUGCAACAAAAGUAAUUUCAACUAUACGUCCAAUGCAAAUGGUUAUAUAAGUCAUAUCCAUACACUAGAA